CGCCCUUCAGGAAUCGCCAUUUUCAGUCUCCCGCCGCAGGGGGGGAGAGGACUCUGGAGCCUCAGGUCUGAGCAGCGCCGCAGAGGGCGGGGCCUGGAACCUGCGCGGGCCAGGAACCUAGCCCGAGCCCCUGCAGGUGAUUCCUGAGCUGCAAGAUAAGGUGUCUUAUGACUUCUACCAACUUUCUCUGUCUGGCUUCAUAUUUUCUACUUCCCUAAUAGCAGCAGAAAAUGAACAAAUUCCGGGGACCAGUAACAUUUAAGGAUAUUACUGUGGAAUUCACCCAAGAGGAAUGGCAAUUGCUGGACGAUGCUCAAAGGACCCUGUAUAGGGAAGUGAUGCAAGAGAACUAUCAUCACCUCAUCUCAGUGGGUUAUUGUGUGAAUAAACCAAAUGCAGUCUUCAAGUUAAAGCAAGGAAAAGAGCCAUGGAUAUUAGAAGUAGAAUUUCCACGUCGAAACAACCCUGAAGACCUAUGGAAUAUUCAUGACCAAGGAGCAAAACAUAAGAAAAGUCAAGCUGAAAAUUCAAGGAAUGGAGAACUCACAAAACCUCAGGAAACUCUUACCAGAGAGAAAACCUAUAAAUGUAAUGAAUGUGGAAAGUCCUUCUGCCAAAAAUCUAUCCUCACAAUACAUCAGCAUACUCAUUCAAAGGACAAACCCAGCGAAUGUGGGAAAUCUCGGAAUGAAGACCUCACAAGACAACAGAAAACUAAUACCAGAGAGAAAACCUAUGAAUGUAAAGAAUGUAAGAAAACUUUCUACCACCUCUCAUCUCUCAGUAGACAUUUGAGAACUCAUGCAGGAGAGAAACCCUACGAAUGCAAUCAGUGUGAGAAAUCCUUCUACCAGAAGCCACACCUCAUGGAACAUCAGAAAACACACACAGGAGAGAAACCCUAUGAAUGUACUGAAUGUGGGAAGUUCUUCUAUGUUAAGGCAUACCUCAUGGUACAUCAGAAAACACACACAGGGGAGAAGCCAUAUGAAUGUAAGGAAUGUAGGAAAUCCUUUUCCCAGAAGUCACACCUCACAGUACAUCAGAGAACACAUACAGGGGAGAAACCCUAUAAAUGUAAGGAAUGUGGGAAAUUCUUCUCUAGAAAUUCACACCUCAAAACUCAUCAGAGAACUCACACGGGAGAGAAACCCUAUGAAUGUAAGGAAUGUGGGAAAUGCUUCUACCAGAAGUCAGCCCUAACAGUACAUCAGCGAACUCACACAGGGGAGAAGCCCUUUGAAUGUAAUAAAUGUGGGAAAAACUUUUACUAUAAAUCAGACCUCACCAAACAUCAGAGAAAACACACAGGGGAGAAGCCCUAUGAAUGUAAUGAGUGUGGGAAAUCUUUCUCUGUGAAUUCAGUCCUCAGAUUACAUCAAAGGACUCACACGGGAGAGAAACCUUAUGAAUGUAAGGAAUGUGGGAAAUCCUUCUCUCAGAAAUCACAUUUUGUCAUACAUCAGAGAAAACACACAGGAGAAAAACCCUUUGAAUGUCAGGAGUGUAAGAAAACUUUUUUCCAGAAAUCAAAACUCACUGCACAUCAGAAGACACACACAGAAGGGAAAAGCUUAUAAAUAGUAUAAAUUGGGAAAUUCUUCUGUCUGAAUUCAUCCUUAAUAAUAAUCAGAUAAUUUACACAAAACAAAAACCUUAUGAAAUGUCAAUAGCAUGGGAAAAUUUCAGGCACAAUCUUUCUUCACAUAGAAAAAAUUAGGGAGAAAUUUUUACCAUAUGUCAUACUUUACUAAAUAUGAAAUAACAUAGAUGGCAGAAACACUGCAAAUUAUAAAACAUGAGAUAACCCUUUCUUAACAAAAGGCAUACUUUAUUGUACAACAUAGGACUCAUACAGGAAAGAUUUGUCAGGGUAGUGAUCAUUUAGAUAGCCCACGUGAGUGAGAAAUUCCUAUCAGUAUCCUGAGCAUUCAGAAACCUUUUCAAUACUAGUUGGGCUCAUUAGAACACUUGAAGGGAGAGUUCCUGUCGUGGCACAGUGGUUAACAAAUCCGACCAGGAACCAUGAGGUUGCGGGUUUGAUCCCUGCCCUUGCUCAGUGGGUUAGCAAUCUGUUGUUGCCAUGAGCUGUGGUGUAGGUCACAGACGUGGCUCGGAUCCCUCUUUGCUGUGGCUCUGGCGUAGGCUGGUGGCUACAGCUCCAAUUAGACCCCUAGCCUGGGAACCUCCAUGUGCCGCAGGAGUAGCCCAAGAAAUAGCAAAAAGACCAAAAAAAAAAAAAAAAAACACACACACUUGAAGGGGAUAAUGAAAGAUUGCAACAUAUGGAAGGCUUUAUCAAGAUGUGAUGUUUCAGUCAUCAUAAUGAAUGUCAAAUCAUUGUUUUAAGGUAUAAAACCUUUAUAGCUAUUUUAAAUAUGUGAAAACUUUUUUACAAAAAUUUAAAGAGAUUCUGUACCAAGGGAAACAGUCACAUUGCAGAGAUCUGAUUACAAGGUUUUUCUUUUAAAGAAACCUGCAAAUGUCUAGAUAUAUGAAGCUUUUGAAAAAGCACAAAUAAACUGAAUAACUAGGUGACAUCAUUUAACACGUGAAGAGUCCUUUAGUGUGUAGGACUUAUGUAUGAUUGUCAUUGUGCUACAGACCAGAUUUUGGAUGUUUGAUGUGCAUGUGAACUCAUCCAUAGUUGUACAUAGGGAAAUAUGUAGCCUUAGUUCAGUAACAUUUAUGUAUGUGAAGAUAUCAAACAUUAAGUUUCAGCAAUGACUCCUGUUAUUAACAGAAUGUUAAUUUAAGUGUAAUAUUCUUUAAAAAUUAUAAUGUAUCUUUUUCUCCUAUUCCCUGACAUUAAUGGAUACAGAUGUUAAUGAAUCCUUCAGAAGAAGCUAAAAGUGUUUUUGUAAAAUUUUCGACUCUCAUGGUUAGCCAAAUUUUACAUUAAGGAUACAUUUAUGUAUAGGAAAAACCUAAGUUCAUUUUUGAAAACACCCUACACAAUAAAAAACAUAAUGCUGUGUAAGGAAAUAUCUUACUGUUGAUGUUUUAGCAGGUUUCAGCGCUAUCUGCAUUUGUAUUUUGUAUGAGAGUCCUAAAUGUUAUCCACUACCUUUUUCUUCCUAGUAGAAACAACAUGACAUAGAAGUUAGUAUGGACUCUGGACCGCUACUGCCCAGGCUAAGUUUCUAGCAUAGGGCAAGCAUUUAACCUCUGUGCCUCAGUUUCCUUUUCUAUAAAAGGGAAGUGAUAAUAACAAUAUGUUAGGAUUGCUUUGAGGUGUAAAUGAGUUAAUAUUUUUAAAGCACUUAGAAUAGUAUUUGAGACACAGGAAGAGCUAUAUGUUAGAUACUAUCAUAAUUUGUAUUUCUUGAAUUAUGCUGCAAAAAAAAUUAAAAGCUUUGCUACCAAUAUUUAUCCCUGA